AAAUAAUAGAUCAAGCCACAAAAAAAUUCUAUACAAAUGACUACCAUCAAUUUCAAAAUGCAGAAGAAAAACGAAAGCAAAUGAUAAACUCUGGUACUUCAUUUGUAAAAGGAUCCGGACCGAAUCAUUCAAAAUCAGUGUAUCACGCUAGAUUAUUAAAUACCAUUAUGGAGAUUGCAAAUAACAUUAAAAGUUUGAGAGAUUCGUCUAACCUUACAAAACCUUCAGCUGCUAGUGAAGAGAUAUUGAAGCCUCUGGAAAUUCAGGUAGAACCCCCAAGACCAAAAAACAAAAUUUGCAGGCUUUGUUCUUUUGCAAAUUUAUUUCCAAAAAGUGAUAAUCGAGAUAUUAAUAACUUCCUAAUAAGAACAUCGAAUAAUCAAGCAAAAGGCAUUUUAGAGUGGAUACCAUAUGAAGAUUUUUCAUAUAUUGAAUGCAUUGGAUGUGGUGCAUUUAGUAGGGUUUACAAAGCGAUGUGGCACAGGGGACAUAUUAAACAUUGGAAUUUGAAAACAGGAGAAGUAGUUCGUUCCGAACCUGUGGAAGUAGCGUUGAAAGUGCUCGCCGAUUCAGAUUGUUUACGUUCAACCUUUCUAGAUAAAUUACGAAGUUUCCAUUUAUUUAAAUCAAACGAAUUAAAAUAUCGACACAUUGUUAAAUGCUAUGGAGUUUCACAGGAUCCCGAAACAAAAAAUUACAUUUUUGUCAUGCAAUAUGCAAAUUAUGGGAACUUGAGAAAUUUGUUGGCAACUGAAUUUCAUGGCAGGUUAAAUUGGAACCUUAAAAAAAAGGUCGUCCUCUCACUCUUGGAAUCUAUCAAAGAGAUUCAUCAACAAAAUUUAAUACAUCGGGAUCUGCACAAAAGUUUAGAUCCCGAAGAACUUCUAGUGGCAGAGAAAAAACGUGAAGAAAUGGUAAAAUCCGGAAUCCCAUUUGUAGAAAAACUGGAAUCCAAACAUACAAAGUCAGUUUAUUCUAGUAAAACAUUGGAUUAUCUAAGUGAGACUUCAGAAGAAGACAUAUUAUAUGAUUUAAUCGAUUCCAAAGAAAUACCAGAACAUAAUUCCAGUAACGUUUUGGAGAAUUUUCUGUGGGAGUCCGAAACUGUAAAUAACGAUAAUGGGGAACAUAAUAAUAAUGAUGCCAACUCAACUAUAUCUGACCACAAUUCUGACGAAAUGGAUAUUGACCCACAAAUACAAACUUUGAGAGAGCUAGUACUAAAAUCAAAAACUAAAACAAGAACCUUAUCAAUCAUUUUAGACAUAGAUGAACCUACCACUUCACGGCACCAUACAAACGAAACACCUCUAGAAGCUCAAAAGAGGCCACGAAAGCAUAAGCUACAUAAAGAAAAAAGUGAUGAUAUAAUGGAAAGUAGGGUGCUAUCCGAGUUUAAAAAACUAGAAAGUGCCAUCCUAAACUUUAAUAAUAAACUAAAUUCUGUAACUGAUCAGGUUCACGACACUCGCCACAAAGUGGAAACUGACAAAACGUGGCCAGUACACAAAUUUGAAAAGAACCAUGAUCAACAUGAAUACGAUUCUUUACGUAUAAUUGGAAAGGAACUUGAUCUUACGUUAAAAUAUAGAGAUCUAGACGAAGUCGUAAUCCAUAUUGAUCGAUAUGGCUGGGAUAUUGCAUUUGCCUUAUCUGAUACCCAAGACGAAUGGAUGAAAGGGAAAAAUGGGUUGAUCGAGAAAGCAAAAACACUAGUGGAUGCCAAAAAAAAUAAAUGGAUAAAAACCUACGAAUUUAAUAAAUUGCUGAUAUAUCCUUAUGCUAAAACUCAGGUAGAUGCUACAUCUGCGAAGGUUAUAGACAUUUUGCCUAUAACUGCCCUUCAGAUCCAAACAGAAAUCCCGAACAUCGUCAAGAUUAUCGUCCCAACUACCGAUCAAGAGGCUAUGACACCUAUAAGAAUAAAUAUAGCCGAACCCAAGACGAUGCAAAGCGCGAUUGACUAUACUCGGGCCCUGCAACACCUACCUAUUUGGAAUUUUCUUGUUCCCGAAAAAUCUACUACAUCUUACAAAACAACCAGAUCCACCCCAAUACCCCCUGACAGAUACUCAGAUGCUAUAACUAAAUGGCGAGAUAAAAAGACUCUCAGAAAUAG